ACGGGGUUGGGCAGGAUGAUCUCCCGAGGUCCCUUCCCACCCGGACGAUCCCGUGAUUCCGUGGCUGCUGGCCCUGGCSGUGCUGGGGACUCGCGGCUCUCCCAGGGCUGUUCCAGACGCGGGGAUUGCGGGAUCCAUCCCAGCCCGAACUCCCCCCGCCCCGGCUCUCCACCCCCGGGCCCCGCAGCAUCCCGGCCGCCCCUCUCCGGCCCCGGGGGCGGGCGCUCGGCGAGCGCAGCCCAGUGGGCGGAGGGGCCGGGGUGGGACCGGGCUGAGCCCCGGGGAGGCGGAGCCGGGCCGAGCCGAGCCGAGCCGAGCCAGGGCGAGCCGAUCCCGGCCAUGGAGGGCUCGGAGCCCGGCCGGGGGGCGAUGCGGCGCUUCACCUGGGAGGAGAUCGGGCAGCGGAACGGGCGGGGGCCGGCGCCGCAGGAGCGCUGGCUGGUGAUCGACAGGAAGGUGUACGACAUCAGCCGCUUCUGCCGGAGGCACCCGGGGGGCUCCCGGGUCAUCAGCCACUACGCCGGGCAGGACGCCACGGAUCCUUUCAUUGCUUUUCAUCUUGACAAGGCACUGGUGAGGAAAUACAUGGCCCCACUCCUGAUCGGGGAACUGGCACCAGAUCAGCCCAGCUUUGAGCCCAGCAAGAAUAAAAAGCUGGUGGAGGAUUUCCGUGAGCUCCGUGCCACCGUGGAGAAGAUGGGGCUCCUCCAGCCCAACCACGCCUUCUUCAUCCUCUAUCUCUGCCACAUUUUGGUGCUGGACAUCGCAGCCUGGCUCAUCAUCUGGUACUUUGGAGCAUCCUUGGUGCCUUUCCUCCUCUCUGCGGUGCUUUUGGGCACUGUUCAGGCCCAGGCUGGCUGGCUGCAGCACGAUUUCGGACACCUCUCAGUCUUCAGCAAGUCCAGGUGGAACCACUGGGUGCACAAGUUCGUCAUCGGCCACCUCAAGGGAGCCCCGGCCAGCUGGUGGAACCACCUGCAYUUCCAGCACCACGCCAAGCCCAACUGCUUCCGCAAGGACCCCGAUGUCAACAUGCACCCCUUGUUCUUUGCUCUGGGGAAAACCCUCUCUGUGGAGCUCGGUGUGCAAAAGAAGAAAUUCAUGCCUUACAACCACCAGCACAAGUACUUCUUCAUCAUCGGUCCCCCGGCGCUGGUGCCGCUCUAUUUCCAGUGGUACAUCUUCUACUUCGCCGUGCAGCGGAAGCAGUGGGUGGACCUGGCCUGGAUGYUGUCCUUCUACAUUCGAUUCUACCUCACCUACUUGCCCUUCCUGGGGGUGAAGGGUACCCUGGGGCUCCACCUGUUAGUCAGGUUUAUAGAGAGCAACUGGUUUGUCUGGGUCACACAAAUGAAUCACAUCCCCAUGCACAUCGAUUACGACAAGAAUGUGGACUGGUUCUCUACCCAGCUCCAGGCAACCUGCAACGUUCAUCAGUCUUUCUUCAAUGACUGGUUCAGCGGCCACCUCAACUUCCAGAUCGAGCACCACCUGUUCCCRACGAUGCCACGGCACAACUACUGGAAGGUGGCCCCUCUGGUGAAAUCCCUGUGUGCCAAGCACGGCAUCGAGUACCAGUGCAAGCCACUGCUCACRGCCUUCGCYGACAUCGUGCACUCUUUGAAAGAUUCGGGGGAGCUCUGGCUGGACGCCUAUCUCCACAAAUAAGCAGCAGUGGAUCCCUGCAGAGGAAUUCACCAGCCUUGCUGCCUCCUGUGGUGGUCACCCUGAAGAUCCUGCACUGAGGAGAGCUGGCUAAGCCAGAGGUGGUGCCGCUUAAUUCCAUGGAUGAAUGUAAUUAAUAUGAUUUUUUUGUUGUUGUUUCAAAAAAGACGCGCUCUUAA